UGGCAUAUGUAGAGGUCUGGAUCUAAUAGUUGUACAGUGUGGGCUCCACAGAGACGUGGCUUAUGGAUGCUGGAACCAUGAGCGUAAGCGACAAAAGGGGCUACUUAGCCGACCUGGGGGGAGGCUUCACUGAGGAUGCACCCAGGCCUCCAGUCCCAGGGGAGGAAGGUGAGCUUGUGUGCAGUGACGGACGCCAAUGCAGCAACUUAGGCUUCUCUACAAAGAAUGAGAGCCUCAAAUGUGAGGCGUCUGUGGCUACACCCAGGCGACCCGACUUGGACCUGGGGUAUGAGCCGGAGGGCAGUGCCUCUCCGACACCACCCUACAUAAAGUGGGCAGAAUCUCUUCACUCCCUCCUGGAUGACCAGGAUGGCAUCCACUUGUUUCGGAUGUUUCUCAAGCAGGAGGAGUGUGCAGAUAUGCUGGACUUCUGGUUUGCAUGCAGUGGUUUUCGCAAACAAGAAGCUAACGAGGGUAACGAAGAGAGGAAGCUCAAACUGGCAAAAGCCAUCUAUAAGAAAUUUGUCUUGGACAACAAUGGGAUUGUUUCCAGACAGAUCAAACCAGCCACCAAGUCCUUCAUUAAAGACUGUGUGAUGAAGCUUCAUAUUGAUCCAGCAAUGUUUGACCAGGCUCAGACGGAGAUACAGACUAUCAUGGAGGACAACACCUACCCCUUAUUCCUCAAGUCUGACAUUUAUUUGGAAUACACACGGACAGGAGGAGAGAGCCCUAAGCUGUUCAGUGAUCAGAGCUCUGUUUCCGGGAAAGGACUGUCGGGUUACUUGCCGACUUUAAAUGAAGAUGAGGAAUGGAGAUGUGACCACGAGACAGAGGAGCAGACCGAGAGUGACCCCACACCGAGCAACCGGCUUACCCAGAAGCUGCUGAUGGAGACUGCGACGCAGCGAGUGUGCAACAUUGCGAGAUUCCAGGACAGUCACGAGUACAGGCUCGCUGCAUGUCGGGAGCCCAUCAACCCGUACUACGUCAACUCCGGUUACGCCCUGGCCCCUGCCACCAGCGCCAAUGACAGUGAGCAGCAGAGUUUGUCCAGUGAUGCAGACACGAUUUCCCUCACCGACAGCAGCGUAGAUGGGGUACCACCCUACAGAUACCGCAAACAGCAUCGCCGGGAGAUGCACGAAAGUGCCAAAGCAAACGGGCGAGUGCCACUACCUCAUAUUCCACGCCCAAACCGGAUUCCAAAGGACAUUCAUGUGGAGCCAGAGCGUUUCGCUGCAGAGCUGAGCAGCAGACUGGAGGGAGUGCUGAGGGAGAGAGAGGCUCAGGAGAAACUUGAGGAGCGACUGAAGAGGGUUCGAUUGGAAGAGGACGGUGAUGAAAUCAUGCUCACAGCCACAACAUCAGCUGGUCACAGGUUCCUUCCUGGUGCCUAUCCACAGAAUCACAGCUCCCGCUACACUGACAUCACCUACAACGGGGCUUUUCUGAGAGACGCUCAUGAGGAGAACCCCGAGAGUAUCCUGGAUGACCACGUCCAGCGGGUUAUGAAAACCCCUGGCUGCCAGUCACCCGGGGCAGGCCGCCACUCGCCCAAGUCACGCUCACCCGACAGCUUCCCAGGGGGCAAAGGGAUUGGACUGGGAAUGCCGCUGUCAUCAGGCCAGGUCAAACACCCAUCCAGACACGGCCUGAAGGGAGAGAGCAGCCACCUCUACCACCACAAACACGUGCAUCACAUCAACCAGGCAGGCGUCGGAAAGCCCAAAGAGCAGGUGGAGGCGGAGGGAGCCAUGCGUGCGCACGGCACCUAUCCCUGGGGAUUGGAGUCGAGUCAUUAUGGAUCAAGGUCUCGCAACUACGCUGAUGGCAUGGGAUCCAACUCCAUGGAGCAUACAGGUAGCAAAGGUGGCCCACAGUGUAAAAAGGUGUACAGGAAAGGUGAGGAUGUGCGGCCUUAUGACAUGGUGGGAUCCGGAGAAGAGUUGGAGAAGAACCAGAAGAUCCUUUUGUGGCUGAUGGAGGGACAGAAAGAAAUGGUUCCACAGAAGAGAAGCCCGUACGGGAGCACCAGUGGGUCCAAGAGGACCACGGCCCAUGAGGGAUCCCGCCUCGGCUCGGUGGAGAGACCAGGCUCGGUGUACCCAUGCGGUGGCGCCCAGCUGCGGAACAACGUGCAGCCGUCGCAUCCGUUCAUCCAGGAUCCCACCAUGCCCCCCAACCCAGCUCCCAGCCCCCUCAUCCAGCUGGAGGAGGUUUGCCGGCGGCUUGAAGAGGAGAAGAUAAAAUCUGGAACUCUACAGCCCAAGCAAAGGUACGUGAUGGAGGUGAUCCAGAGGGGUCGAACCGCGGUGAGGCCGGCACUGUUCCCUCCGCUCAGCGUGGUGCCCGCCGUUUCUGACAGCGAGCUCUCCGAGCCUGAACAUAAAGCCAGUAAGAAGCAGCCGUGUGAAAACACAGUGGUGGCGUAUUACUUCUGUGAGGAGCAGAUUCCAUACAGGACGUCUGUCAAAGGCAGAGUCGUCACUCUGGGCCAGUUCAAAGAACUGCUCACAAAGAAAGGAAAUUACAGGUAUUAUUUCAAGAAGGUGAGCGACGAGUUUGACUGUGGGGUGGUGUUUGAAGAGGUGCGCGAAGAUGACGCCAUCUUGCCCAUUUUUGAGGAGAAGAUUAUCGGGAAAGUUGAAAAAAUUGAUUGAAGUGCACGUUGAAAAGGAGGAGGAGGAGGAGAAGUAGCGCGUGAUGGACCGAGAAGUGACUGGAUGGUGAAGAGGAAGUGUUAAGAGAUGAAGAACGUGGGAGCAGGGAGGAAACAGAUUCGGUGGAAGAGAUGAAGAGCGAAGCAGUGGCCUCAGCGGGCGUAGCGCCGCUGCAGUGACUAGAGAAAAGACCUCAUCCACUUCUUUGUUAGUGCGUUGUAGACUUAAAAAUGCUUCUAAAGCUACAUAUUUUUGAUAUCAUGUAUCAGAGGGCGAGGGAGUCCUUUUUAAUAUAAUCACACUUGUAAUUUUUAUAUGUAUUGGUACCAGAUGUGUACAGUUUGUGUUUAAAGAUAACAACAUUUUAUAUCUAUUUAACUAUUUAAAAAAAGCUCAUUUGGCCCCUGUUGAAGACGAUCAAAGUCCUUUAUAGGGCUAAGUUUUGUUGUUGUUAGUCAGUUAGUUUUGUUUGUCGCUCACUGGAAGGGCCCUCUGGACUCUGGACUCUAAAGUGCUUUUAAUACUUCACUUUUCAGAUUUUUUAUUUGCGGCUGCACUUUCAUUGUAUUUAUAUACCACUGAGCGUCUCAAUUGAGGCUGCAACAUGAUUUUUCUAAAGCACACAACACUGAGUGACCAGAAAAAUUUCGUACAAUCUGGUACAAUUGAUACAAAAUCAAAAGACUUUUAUACAUAAUAAUAUAGUCUAAUAAUAAUAAUUGGCAUUGUGUGAAAUGAGUCCCUCUUUGACACAAUUUCACAUUAAAUGUGAUAAUUGAUUACUGUUUUCUAGGUUGCAUUAAUGCACAUUGCUCGGGUUAAUUGUAUUUAUGUGGUCGGUCAUUGUAAUCCACAUGUAAAUGAGGUGGAUGGCUGUGUUUGUGUACAGCCUGUCACUGCAUUGUUUUCACCUACUAUCAGCUGAAAAUGAAGUCUAAAGAAAGCUGCCUUCAAAUGAAACGCCAUAGAUGCAAUAACACUUAAAAACAUGAUUGGAAAUUAUCUAUGCAAAAGGUGGUUUGUGAUUUUGCUGUUGCCCUGGUCUAAAGUCUACACUGGAAAUCCAUUGUAUUUGAUGUGUAACAUUAGAAAAGUGUUCAAAGUAGUUUGACCAUUCACACAGUUGAAUGCAGCAGUAUCUCACUGUAGUAAAAGUAAAAAAAUCCUUGCGUCAAGGAACAAGUAGAAAAUAGACUGAUUUUAAUGGCAAUUACAAAAUUCGCCCAGUGGGGCCCAAACCUCUGCAUACAAUUGUAAAAACAAUCAGGAAAUUAAAAAAUCCUGUUAAUGAAAUGUCAUAUGGUAACAUGUAUUAUUUUUAUGUUAUACCUCAGUCAGGUCAUCAAGCUAAAUUGUAUUUGGCUUGAUGUCUGCAGGGAAGCGCUACCGGUCGUACAACUUCGCUGACAAAUCCUCAUUGUGGAUGAGAAGUCUGACCUUUAUUUUGAUAUAAUUAUUCUGAUUAUGCCUGUUGAAUUCUAAUUUAUCGGAUACAAUCAUCUGAAGAUGCUUAUGUGUUAUUAUUUCCAGUUAGACAUCAAACAUUUUAAUUAAUUUACAUCGAUGAAAAAGUGUCACAUCCAGCAUCAGAAGUUGAUGAAACAGAAGAGUAGCCCUUACACCUGUAGACUGUUCUGCAGAGAAGAGUCCUUGGCCCGAGGUCACAAGACCUUGUGUGAAAAGUCGAUAUUUGUGUGCAAUGAAGAUCACAAAACAUUGCUUUUACACACAAACCUCUGCGGUCCCCCAGUCUCACCAGCUUAAACCUUCAAUCACAGCUUCUCGUCGGCUGAGAAAGGGCUGCACUCACAACUGAUUUCUAAUCUGUAGCCUUCGCUUGUUUAUCACAGCUCCAUCUUGUGCCUGACAGGAAUGAAUCGUUAAGUGCAAACUUCUGAUCUACUUCUGAAAGAUCACGUUACACCAAAGAGAAAAAAAAAGCAGAUGCAAGGAGAAGUUCUGAAUCAAUCUCAUUACACUUAUUGCUAGAAUUACUUCUUAGCAAACUAUUAUUGCAUUUUUUUUGUUUUUUUUUGCAAGAUGUGUACGACUUUGACAUUUUUGGUGCAUCGUGACAUGAACGUGAACAUUCGGAGGACUCGUGCUCACAGGACACGAAGAUCUAGUUAUUAUUACAACGUCCCAGACAAUUAUUCUCUGAUUGGAAAUGUGACAUUUUUUUUCUCACAAAAAGAAACAGAAAGCAAUGGCACAGAGUUACUGGGAAAAGGUACAUGACAAUAAGAUUCAAGAUCAUUUUGUAUUUUUCAUUCUGUAUUUCAUCUUUGUUGCUGAAGUCCAUAGUGAGGAAUGGAUUAUAAUAAGAGUAUCAUUAUUUAAUGUUUGUUUGAGAUGCAGUAUUUUGAAUUUUUAACUUAAAACAUAACUUUAAUAUAUUUAGUGCAUCUGCCUCCAGUCGGCCUUUGUACCAGAUCCAGUGAAAUCCUUUUUGUUGUUUUUUUGUUUUAUUUUGAAAUGUAGUGACAAAUCUGUUGUGAAUCUUACUGUGAAAGCCCCACAAGCAAACUUCCCUUAUUUGAGAUCAAUGACAUGUAUAUAAACAUCUGAGUGCCUUUAUGAAUAUGCUAAUGAUGUCUGCAGUUUGACUUUCAGACACGUGGGGGAUAUAAAUGCCAGGGACUAGCUUUGUUGUAUCAUUUUUUUUAAUUUUACUUCAUUUUUUUUGGUUUGGGCUUUUCUUGUAUGGUUAUUAUAUUUGCAAACCUGCUCAACUGUCACUAUUCCACACGUUUUGUUAUGUAAAUAUGUACAAUGUGAAUUGUCAUCAACCAGCAGCCCAGUUAGCACAAUCAGUACCCUGGACCUGUUUCUGUUCACUAACUAGCAUGGUCACCGUUGGUACCUGGACAAUAAAUACAUGCAGUAAACCAG